GAGAUAAGAAGUGUCAGAAGUAAGGAGAAACGGACAACCAAUCAUCAUUCGUUCUAUGUAAUUACAUUAAAAAGCUUAUCGCUCAAGCUCGAGGUCAACUUCUAUCGUUGUUAGUAGUAAAACGUCGUAGUGACAUUCAAACUGGUAACAUUUACGUCUGAAUACCGGUCGCGGUGUGUGUUGUCUUUCAAUAAAAUAGAAAGAAAAGAUUAAUUAGAGAAAAACGUCUCUAAAUUUUUGUUAACAACAACAACAACAAUAACAAUAACAAUAUACAAAAAUGAUAAAAAAAUCGCGAAGAAAUAUCAGGACGAUUACAAUCGUCUUAUUAUUAUUAUUAUUAUUAUUAUCAUUUGAAACUUCAACAACAACGGCUAAAAUUUUAAACGAAUGCGAAGCCAUGCGUGAAUUACAACGUGGCGGUAUUUCAAGAACAUUCAUAAGCAAUUGGAUUUGUUUAAUGAAAUACGAAAGUGGUAUGGAUACUAAACUUAUCACUGGUCCAAAAGGUGCAUCCAAUUAUUAUUACGGUAUAUUUCAAAUAAGCAGUGGAAAAUGGUGUACACGUGGUCGCGUUGGUGGUAUUUGUAACAAACGUUGCGAGGAUUUUGCCAAUGACGACAUACAAGAUGACAUAAUUUGCGCUAAAACCAUUUCUAAUAUGGAUGGAUUUAAAGCUUGGAACGAAUGGACGAAAAAAUGCAAAAACAAACCAUUACCAAAUAUUAGAAAUUGUAACAGAAGACGAUCCAUUUCGUAAAACAUGUAAAUUAUGAUUUGUUUGUUUGUUUGUUUUUUUUUCUUAUGUAACGUAUCAGAUCAAAGGAAAGAUUAUCUAAUUUUUCAACACUGUUGUUAAUUACUGUAUAUAUAUUAUACAUAAUUAAAUG